AUGACAGGCGCAAAUACCAUGCUCAAGACAUUAGUGUUCGGGCUUGCUGGUAUCUACGUGAUCAAGGUUGUUGCAGAUACCGAUGCCCCAAAGCCAAUAGUUGUGCGUGAAAAGGUCGACGCUGCCUCUGCCGGAGCCUACGAUAGCCAUGACAAGGCUUUUCAAGACCUUCGCAAGAGUAUCUACAACUCCGGCUCGGAUGCUUCUCAGAAGGCCAUGUCCAUGUACGAGGAAGCUUACCAGAAGGCCGUCGACGCUAAAAAGAAACUUGAAUCGGGUAGCAAUAACGACGGUCUUAAGUUCUGGGCUGACUCCGACGACGCUUUGAGACAGAAGUACCAAGAGGCACAGAAGAAUCUAGAAGACGCUAAGAACUCGUUGGGGAAGUAUUCACAGGAUUACAGCAGUAUUUUACAAGACGAUCUUAACAGAGCCAGUGACUAUGCGUCAAAGAAGGUUCAAAAUGCGGUCGACUCCGUAAGCAACCACAAGGUCACCGCCGAAGAUAAAUUGCAAGCAAACCUCGACUACUACCACAAGCAGGCCGAACAAGCAAAGGCAGAUUGGGACUCGACCAAAUCCAGUUGGUGGAGAUGGAGAAAAGCCCAAACCAAGGAGGUUCAGGACCGUGCCGAGGAAAAAUACAAUUACUUCAAGCAGCAAAACGACAAAGCUGUGGAUAGCUUAGUCGACUACUUGCAAGAACAAGGGCGUUCGGUGAAGGAGGUUUUUGAAAAAUACGCUAACAAACAAAAGGAUAACCUUGAAUAUGCUGGAAAGUAUGCUGCAGACCUCAAGGAUCGUGCAGUGGGUGCAGGCUACGAUGCAAAGGACAGUGUUCAAGAAAAUGCUGAGUAUGCCAAGAACUAUGCCGCUGGUGCAAAGGAUAGCGUUGUCCAAGCCGGUUAUGAUGCUAAGGACAAAGCCAAGGACCACGCAGAAGCUGCCAAACACUAUGCUGCAGGUGGUAAGGACAGGAUAGUCCAGGCUGGUUAUGAUGGCAAGGACAAGGUUCAGGAAAACGCUGAUUAUGCCAAGAAUUACGCUGCCGGUACGAAGGACCGUCUGGUUCAGGCCGGUUACAACGCCAAGGAUAGCGUGCAAGACAAUGCAGAAUAUGCUAAGCACUAUGUUGGUGGUGCUAAGGAUAGUGUUGUCCAAGCAGGUUACAACGCCAAGGAAAGAAUUCAAGAUGACGCCGAGUAUGUCAAGAACUAUGCUGGUGGAACUAAGGACAAAAUUGUUCAAGCUGGUUACAAUGCCAAAGACAGGAUUCAGGAUGAUGCUACUUACGCCAAAGACAGUGUAGUUCAAGCUGGUUAUGAUGCGAAGGACAAGAUCCAAGAUGAUGCUGAGUACGCUAAGAACUACGCAGCAGGAACAAAAGAUAGGGUUGCUCAAGCCGGUCAUGACACAAAAAACGAAGCCGAAGGCUAUGUAGCUGGUGCUAAGGAUUGGAUAGAAAAAGCUGGUUCCGCUACAAAGAAUUAUUUGAAAGACAAGUAUCAUACUUUGUGGAACUCAGUUGGUGUAUUUAAGACCAACUCGAGAGAGCUUGCUGAAGAAGCAGUUGCAUACUAUGACGCUGAAGUUAACAAAGCAAGAAGAGAAUAUUAUGAUACUCAAGCCAGCUGGUUCAGAUGGAGAGCAGCUCAAUCACAAGAGGUUCAAGACGAAGCAAAGGCACGUUGGGAAGUCUUGAAAGCCAAAGAUGAGGCUGCAAGAAGUGAAUUGCAAAGAUGGAAGAACGAAGUUGUCGACAAAUAA